UAUACACUCUCGCUAUGUAUUUUUUCCAACCCUCCCUCAUGGCCGCGACCAUGGGCGCUGCGCUAGUCGCUGCUGCUCCCACGGCCAAUCUCGAGGCUCGUGCCUCUUGCACCUUCACCUCUGCCGCUGCCGCCAUCUCCGGCAAGGACUCUUGCUCUACCAUCACCCUGAGCAAUGUCGCAGUUCCUGCCGGUGAGACUCUAGACCUGACUGGCCUCAAGGCCGGUACUACAGUCAUCUUCGACGGCACCACCACCUUCGGCUACAAGGAAUGGAAGGGUCCCCUGAUCUCCAUAUCUGGCACCAGCAUCACGGUUAGGCAAAACUCUGGCGCCAAGAUUGACUGUGGUGGUUCUCGUUGGUGGGACGGCAAAGGAGGCAAUGGCGGCAAGACCAAGCCCAAGUUCUUCGCUGCCCACAAGCUACAGCAGUCCUCUAUCACCGGCCUCAAGGUCUACAAUACCCCCGCCCAGGGCUUCAGUAUCCAGGCCGACCACCUCACCAUCACCGGCGUGCUGAUCGACAACUCGGCUGGCACCAGGCUGGGCCACAAUACCGAUGCCUUCGACAUCAGUUCCAGCACCUACAUCACCAUUGACGGUGCCACCGUGUACAACCAGGAUGACUGUUUGGCCAUAAACUCCGGCGAGCACAUUAACUUCAUGAACGGCUACUGUAACGGCGGUCACGGCCUCUCUAUUGGCUCCGUCGGCGGCCGUAGCAAAAACACCGUCAACGACGUCACCAUCUCCAACUCCCAGGUCAUCAACUCGCAGAACGGGGCUCGCAUUAAGACCGUGUAUGGCGCCACUGGCUCUGUUAGCGGAGUUAAGUUUAAGGAUAUCACCCUUAAAGGCAUCACUAAGUAUGGCAUCAUCGUCCAGCAGGACUACAAGAACGGCCACCCCACUGGCAAUCCCACCAACGGCGUUAAGGUUAACGAUAUCACCUUUGAGAAGGUCACUGGUACCGUUACCGGCUCUGCUACUGAUAUUAACAUUCUCUGUGGAUCUGGCAGCUGCAGCAACUGGACCUGGACUGGCAACAGCAUCACCGGUGGUAAGAAGAGUUCCAAGUGUAAGAAUGUCCCUGCUGGCGCUGCUUGCUAG